GUUGUUUUUACCAAGUAUAAGCAAGAUCAUGACAUCCCUGUCGCUUCCACUUUCCAGUAUGUAGUUUUAAAAGGUUGCUACAUUAUUAGCAAACGCCACAUGGUGACAAAAAACCACCAUGGUGUCCAUAAGCAGGUGUUCAUACAUGGUUGGUCUAAUUUGGGAAGGUUCAGAAGAGAUGGCGAUACAAAAGCAAUUGGUGUCCGUUCAAUUUUGCAACUUACAGUAAAACAAAAAUGGCGACUAGGGUCCCCCCAUUAACGUGUCUCUUCUGCAUUGGUUCUACUUUCUCACUUUCAUUCCCUUUUCCUAAAUUUCUAACUCCGGAUUGGGCAACACAUUCCUCUGAGUAAUAAUGUCCAGUGUUAAUUCUUUAUAUAAACACUUGCUUCUUUCUUACAUUCUAUUCCAUGUCUCACUCUAAUAAUAACAAUCCCACGAAUCACUUUGUUUUCUGCUUUUUCUCUUUCCUUUUGCAGUUCAGUACUUUUCUUUGACUUUUCAAUUUGCACCAUUUCGUUUCUAUUCUACUUCUGUCCUCAACCAUUUUCUUAUUGUUGUUUCCGUAAGUUGUAGACAUGUUGCUUAGAAGUUCCUCUGCACCAAUUCUAACUUCAUUGGUACUCUAUUCCAGAGACUCCUCCCCUGAACCAGAAAACAUUUUUCAGCUACCUAAAACAACAUCAGCUUUAAGUCUAAGCCAGAUUUUGGUAGAGAUAGACCUUAAAAACUCAAGAAGUCCUAUGAGAAAAAACCGUGUGCCACUUGGUAAUCAACACAGUAUAAAAAUCAAAGAAAGAGAUGAAGUGAAAAGUCCUCAACAAAAGACACACAUGAAAUCACAACCUUCAAUUCAAGAAAUGUUUUCAAGUUUGGAUUUAGAUAAGGGAGUAAUGGAUCAUGAAGAAGAGUCUUGUGGGGGGGAGAAAGAUGGGACCUUGCAGACUUCGGUGAUGGGGGGUGGAAUGGGGUGUGAAGGUGGUUGGAUUUGUGGUGGUUGUAAUGGUAGUGGAAGAGGCUCAAAUGGUGGACAUGGAAGAGGGUGGAAUUUUCAUGAAGGAAACGAUCGUGGUAGAGAUAGAACAGAUGCUUAUUACCAGAACAUGAUUGAAGCAAACCCUGGUGAUGCUCUUUUGCUGGGAAAUUAUGCAAAGUUUUUGAAAGAGGUUUGUGAAGACUAUCCUAAAGCAAAAGAGUAUCUCGAAAGAGCUAUUUUGGCUAAUCCUGAUGAUGGUGUUGUUCUAUCCCUCUAUGCGGAUUUAAUAUGGCAAACUGAGAAAGAUGCAGAUCGAGCUGAAGGAUAUUUUGAUCAAGCCAUUAGAAGUGCACCAGAUGAUUGCCAUGUCGUAGCUUCAUAUGCUAAAUUCCUUUGGGAUGCUGAAGAUGAGGAGGAAGAUAAAGAAUGCCAAAUUAAAUCAGAUGACAAGCAUUCAUAUCCAAUUGAUCUAUUUCAUGGAAGUAACCAUCACCUUCAUAUAACUGAAGCCUCAAAAGCUUUACCACUGUUUCUUAAAUGAUGGUUAACUUGCAUGACAAAUAAGUAUAUGGUCUCAAACAGUAACUCUUGCCCCUUUUGGAAGUGUUACUUGCAAUGGUUGGUGGUGUAAUGGUAAUAACUUUCCUACUGUAAAUAGCUUUAGACCAUAACAAGAGAAAUCAGCUUUUGGUGCCUCUUGUGCUUCUAAGUAAGUAACAAGGCCUUAUCAAAUGUAUCUUUUGAGGUUAUGCAUGCAGACACCAAGGAGUAAAGUGGUGCAACCCUAUAUAUAUUCAUAUACCUUCCGGUUCGAACAUGAGCGAUCAUCGUUAAGGUCACUCAUUAUAUCUGAAAUAUUGUUCUUUUUAGGACUUGAAACUCUUU